UAUCGAACAGCCCUAAUUUUGAGCUAUCUUCAAUCAGACAUUGCCAGAAACCAACAUCGCACGUAGCAGAAUCCUAUUGGCUGUUAAAACCACGCACACAAAAACAGCAUUUGUCAUUGGCUCCCAUCCUCCCUCGGCGUUCCGAUUCGUCGUUGCCUAGAAUGGCACUGGAGUGUAAAAUAUCUUCAAAAACUAUCCGAUCACCUUUUUAACUUCUGCACCUUUUUUGUACGUCCUGUGCUUUUUUUUAACACCCAUUCAGCGAUGUCGAAGGGCAGCAGAAGCGGCUUGAAUUAAGGUGUAAAUAAAACACAUACAUAUUUUUGUGUACCCCGCUGUCUCCUCUGCUGGAUCUCUGUGGUCCUCCAGACCUGCAGGACCAGGCCGACCCCAUCGACUUUUCUUCCGCCAGUAUUCUACAGUCUGAGUAAAGGUGUGGCUAACGGAGGGAUGGCUCAGUUCCAGGAAACGAUGCGGCAGCAACUGGAGAGCUCCAUGCACGAUGAGCUGGAGAAGCUGCUGGACACCACCACAGGGGCUGAGCGAGAGGUAUCCAAGAAAGACUUUGAGGGCUUCAAGAAUCUCUUCCAUAGAUUUCUGCAGGUGAAGGGACCAUCAGUGGAGUGGAUCAAGAUACAGCGACCUCCAGAAGACUCUAUUCAGCCGUAUGAUAAGAUUGCCGCUCGAGGCCUGCCGGACAAUGUGGCCAACAGCUUGAACAAACUGGUGGUGGUGAAGCUGAAUGGAGGCCUGGGUACCAGCAUGGGAUGUAAGGGCCCCAAGAGCCUGAUCAGCGUCCGUAACGAGAACACCUUCCUGGACCUCACUGUGCAGCAGAUAAAGCACCUGAACAAGACUUACAACACAGACGUACCUCUGGUCCUCAUGAACUCUUUCAACACAGAUGAAGACACAAAGAAAAUCCUGCAGAAGUACACACACCACCAGGUCAAGAUACACACCUUUAACCAAAGCAGGUACCCUCGCAUCAACAAAGAGUCUCUCCUUCCCGUGUCCACAAACUUGAGAAUGACCGGGCAAAACGCAGAGGGUUGGUACCCUCCCGGUCACGGCGACAUUUACGCCAGCUUCUACAACUCGGGCCUGUUGGAUCAGCUGAUUGAGCAGGGCAAAGAGUACAUCUUCGUGUCCAACAUCGACAAUCUGGGAGCCACCGUCGACCUCCACAUCCUGCACCACCUGGUCAGCCAGCCUAACGGCAAACGCUGCGAGUUCGUCAUGGAGGUGACGGAUAAGACCCGCGCUGACGUGAAGGGAGGCACGCUGAUCCAGUAUGAAGGGAAGCUGCGCCUGUUGGAGAUCGCCCAGGUGCCCAAAGCGCACGUGGACGAAUUCAAAUCAGUUACAAAGUUCAAAAUCUUCAACACCAACAACCUGUGGAUCUCUCUACCUGCUAUCAAGAGGCUGCAGGAGCAGAAUGCAAUGGACAUGGAGAUCAUAGUCAACCCUAAGACGCUCGACGGCGGGCAGAACGUCAUCCAGCUGGAGACUGCGGUGGGUGCGGCCAUCAAAUGCUUCGACAACGCCCUGGGAAUAAACGUUCCCCGCAGCCGCUUCCUGCCGGUCAAGACUACGUCGGACCUGCUUCUGGUCAUGUCCAACCUGUACAGCCUGGAUGCCGGCUCGCUCAACAUGAGCCCGAAGAGAGAGUUCCCGACAACGCCGCACGUCAAACUGGGCAGCUCCUUCACCAAGGUUCAGGAAUACUUGAUCCGCUUCGAGAGCAUUCCCGACAUGCUGGAGCUCGACCAUCUGACGGUGUCCGGAGACGUCACCUUUGGGAAAAACGUGUCGCUUAAGGGCACCGUCAUCAUCAUCGCCAACCACGGAGAUCGGAUCGAUAUUCCGGCUGGCUCCAUGCUGGAAAACAAAAUCGUAUCCGGCAACCUCCGCAUCCUGGACCACUGAGGCCUUCUUCACCCUCAUCGUGUGACGUAGUCCCCCGUAAUCCCUGUCAUGUGACCCAUUUGACAUGUUGACACGACAUCAAGAGAUUGUGAGAGGAUAUGACUUUUUCCCCUGGAGGCUGAGUGUGAUUGCAUGUGCAGUGCUACCCUGCAGUCUCAGCAUUAAGAAGCAGUUCGCCUGCUUUGAUGGUUGGAAGCAGCUGGGAUAUACUGCCCUCUGCAGGCUGUUCAUCACAUAACCUUUAAAAGUAUUACUAAUGAACUAAUCUUAGCGAUCACUUUAAACACUUUUAUCCAGAUUAGGGAGAAAACAACUCACCCUUUGUUUUCUUUUCUUCUAUAUUGAUUUUGACUUUUGUUGGCCAGAAAAUAAAAAAUAAUAUAUUCUAAAUAGGUAGGGAUAAUAUACUGAUAUACUCACAUAUUAUUAGGGACACUAGUGGGAGUACAGUUUGGAGAACAAAUUAGAUUUGGGGUUUUUUGCACUGCUAAUGCAAUCACAAAGAUGAAGUCAUGGGCAUUACGGGAAGGUUUUGACCUCUUAUUUCAAGCACAAAGACGUCUCUGCUGGACUCGAUACGGUUUCGCAAUUUAGCCGCAGCAAAACACACCGAGUUGUGUAAUGUAAACCCAGCACAGGGUCCCGAUUUACCACUGAGUUCAACAAUACAACAGAAAAGGAUGUCUAGCAGUGCAAAAAUGACUUACUGGUACAUCAGAUUUCUUAGAAACCCAAGUGGAAAUGCAGCGCUUAGCACUGGUUUGGAGAGGUGUCAUUAGGAACCUCUGCUGGAUUUUCAGGGCUAAUGCAAAUGUCAUUUUAUUAGGGAGGAAAAAAUUCAGAUAUCAGGCGUGUCAGCAGUUUAUUCCACAAACUUGCCCUCAGUCUGCCCUCAAAUGUAGCAGGUAACGGCGACAAAGUGGAUUCAAGCACCAAAAAUAGAGAAGUCAGUUGAAUUCUCAAGUGUACAGCUUAAAAGCUUCUUCAGAACUUCUUUGCUUCGUUUCUAACUAAAAUAUUUUAUAAUUGAAACAUUACAACACUGGUGUUUAUGACAGUAUACAAACACUGAGGGUACUUUUAAGGUUUUCUGCUAUUUUAUGAGACAGAAUAAGAUUCUCUGCAUUCAUUUUCCAACAGAAAUGGAACAUUUGGUCUGAUUUAGCGACUCUUAUGCGUCCAAAUUACCAGCACCAUUAAAAAAAAAAAGGUACUGUGGUUAAUACAGCUGUGUCUGCCUAUAUUCAUCCAAUGAGAAUGAAUUUACACUUCAUGUAUUUUACAACAGUGAAAGCUCCUUUUACCCUGGGUGCACACCCUGUCAGUCCAUCCUGCACCCCUGCGCUCCUGUUAGUAAAUUAUUCUGAAUCAAAUGUUUAUAAAUGAGACAAAAAAGACUUCUAAAGUUGACUCUGCUCAGUGGACUCGGUGUAAUUUGACACUAAGAUCAUUUAAAAUCAUCAAGUCUAGCUGACUUCAUCUGGCAAGCCUCUUGAAAAUGAGCUUUUAAAUGGAUAAUUGACUUUACCACAAAAGACUUUGGUACUUGUAUCCACUUGUGAAAGGUGUCCCGGGAGUACUAAUUUGUCGGCUGCACUAUGAGGAUGGACGGACCUCUGUAGUACCAUCGGCUGAGCUGUGACGCUGCAGAGAGCUCUGAGAGCAUUGUUAAUGGAGGCGAGGCUGCUCUGCUGCAGAAACUGAAUGAUAUCAUUUUUUUUAUGCCUCAUGCUCAGUAAAAAAAAACACAAACAAAAAAGAAACCGUAUAAAGCUUUUUUCAUAUCGGCACAUUUUUUGACCAAAAUGUUCUGAGAUUGUCUGAUGUUGUCGGAUCAACUGAUUAAAACGAUCAAUAACAUCAAUAUAACCAGCUCUCCAGUUUAUAUAGUAUUGAUGUAGCUGAUACAGACUUCUCACUGACUUUUAACUGCAUUACCAUCCACAAGUCGGUGUUUGCAUGUGUUUAAAAACACUCAGAACCGUUGGAAACAUGAGAAUAAAUGGCAAAGGCGACGGCUUGUUAUGCAUGUGGCUCAAGUGAAGCUUGGCUUUCAUUAGUUUCAGGUUUCACUAGUGUCAUAUCACCGUACCCUCUCAGUUUAUUGGCUUCAAAGGAUGAAGACCCAAAGAUAUUACAUUUCAAGCAGCGUUCUGAUGGAAAUGUGACUUUUAUGUCCUUUGCUGCACUCUCCUGCUGAUUUUUUUUUUUU